ACGGCGCGCCGCUCCCAGGUGUCUUCAAGGUCGCUUUGAAGAGCGGCAGCGCGCGUCCGGGACUGGCCCCGGUUUCAGGUGCUCGCCGCGUCUCUUCGGCAGGCUCGCCGGCGACAUGACGGGGUACACACCGGAUGAGAAGCUGCGGCUGCAGCAGCUACGGGAGCUAAGAAGGCGAUGGCUGAAGGACCAGGAACUGAGCCCCCGGGAGCCGGUGCUGCCCCCGCGCAGGAUGUGGCCCCUGGAGACGUUCUGGAGUAACUUUCUGCGGGAUGGGGCCCUGUGGAAGAAGGCGAUCUUUAAGACAUACCGGUCCAGUCUCUUCGCUGUUUCUCAUGUACUUAUACCUCUCUGGUUUAUUCAUUAUUACGUCAAAUAUCACCUUGCUACAAAACCAUAUGCCAUCGUUGACACGAAGCCCAAAAUAUUCCCAGGUGAUACAAUUCUGGAGACUGGAGAAGUAAUUCCACCAAUGAAAGAUUUUCCUGAUCAACAUCAUUAAAGAGCACUAAAAACUUAAAAGACUUGUGUAACAGCAAACGUCUCUUCUUAUAGUUCGUAUUUACUGAAUCUGUUUCCUGGAAAAGUAAUCAAUAAAGCUUUUUCUCAGA